AUUGAAAAAGUCCACUUGGAUUACAAAUUUCAUUGAGCAGAAAAAUAUCUUAAUGAAAACUGGAGAGACGUCCAGAAUUCUUUUAGUGGAAUAACCAUAAAAAAGGAAAUGCAAUCAGAUGAACAAGAAAAAAUCUUACCUUACAAUGGAGAAGUUCUCAUUUUUCAGUUAUCAAAAGCAAAAUGUGCAGCUGAAAAAACAAGAUUACAUGUUAACAGAAUGGCAUAUGACAGUGACACUAACAUAUUUAUUCAGAAAUCCUCAGGACUGUUCAGCAUGCAUGGUGGAAGCUUGAAUAUUGAAAUUGUUUGUUGUGGAUGUACAGCAGAUUUCAGAACAGGAAUUAAUCUUCCCAGUAUUUUGAUGAGAAAGAAAAAAAGUAAUAGUACUUUCAAAUAUUUUUUGUUGUUGCUUCACAGCUCCAAUGAAUUUGAACAGUGCUUACAUUUUAAAUUGGACUAUGAAUUGAAAGAUGACAUAAAGCUGCUUAAUGGUCCAACAAUAUUGUGGAGACAUACCAACAAAAUUUUUUAUAUCUCUACCAAAACUUGUACAGUGCUAAGUGCUUCUGUUCAGUUUUCUUCCAUUGAAUGGGCGGAUGAGGUUGAGAAAGAAGGCAUUGUUAUAUUAGGGACGAGAACUGUUUGUUUUCCGGAAGAAAAAGAUGGGCAAACACUUUCAAAAUCAGAUGGAGCCAUCUGGGGUGGUGAAUUUGUUGUAUAUGCAAUUGAAAAUCAAAAAACGUUAAGUGGCACCUGUUUUCUGCCUCAUGCCUAUAGCAGCGUGAUAUCUUGUGUACAUGUCUGCAGGACUAAUAUAUCAAGAAGCCCCUUCAGAACAUCAGUUGUUGCCGUUACUCACAAAAAACAGUUGAUUUGGUUCCAAGAUGGUCUUCCUAAAGAUGUCUGCCAGCUGCCAUAUGAAGAGCCCUGUUCACUACAAGUAGCGGCAACAAGUGAAAAUGGCCUUCUGUUUAUUGUGUCAUUUGCUUCUGGAAAUGUCUGUGUUGUGCGUAAGGACGGCUUUCAGGUUGCUUCUAGAUGGCAAGAAGUGAAGUCUGUUCUGAUAGAUGACUUCAUUGGCACUGGGACUGAACAAAUUUUAUUGCUAUUUAAGGACAUAUCCAGUACAUCUAGUUUAACUACAUUCAUUAUAACAGAUAUUGGAGAAGUCAGCUAUGCAAGCGGCAUCAGGUCUAAAGAGGAUUGUCUUCCUGAGGAAGGACCACAAGAGCAUGGUUUUUUUACUAUCCAAGCUCUCAAAGCAAGGUUACAGGCUGGUUACAAUUCUGUUCGGGAACUACAGCAGCAUUUACGGCUCAAGGAAAAGGUUCUUUUUGAAUCUUGCUGCGCAUUAAUAGACCUUGUCCAUGGGAGGGAGCAUAUCCUACCAACUGCAGAAGAGGAAGGUCUUGUUUCUCUCUGGGAUGAUAUGGAAGAUCUUCACCCUCUUGAUAAAAAGAUGGCAUUGACAUCUGAGGUUCCAGAAUAUCUCGUAGAGAAAUUAUGGCAACGUGUGGUAGAUGACAGCUUGGUAGUUGGAGUUAAAAUAAGAGAAUCACCUAACUUGUCAUUGAAUGAUGUUAGCUUAUCCCUGGUAAUGGGUCAUGACUUCUCUUCAGUUUCUCCAGUUAUUGAGUGUCAGAGUAAAUUAGUUAAAUUAAAUAAAACUUUCUCUGCAAUGUCUAUCUCCUCGUUCCAACUGGAGCCACAACCAAAAAAGAUAAAACUGGACUUACACAGCAACAAUGAUCUGAAAAAAGAGUACCAUAGAAGGUCUUCUAAAAUUCUGUCAGAUGGGGCAAAGACCUUUGUUGCUGUUACCCGACUUUCACUGCUGCUGGCAUUCCGUGAUAUACGUUGUAUAAUACUACUGCAUGCUAAGAGGAGAAAAUAUCAAGAUGGCAACCUACAGGAAAGCAAAAAACUGACUAUGCUGUGUGGGAAAAUUUCAUUAUGCCUGGAAGAUAUUUCAAAUGGAAAAUAUUCAGUAAAUUUGCUAAGGAAUAAUAGUCAUUGUACAGACACCAUUGAAGAUUUAUAUGCUAUUCUUGCAGUAUCUCUUAAAUUCUCCUUCCUGAUAGUCUCAUCUGACUGUACCCUGACUCCAGUGAACAUGUGGCUGUUGACACAAAUGGAGUGUGUACCAAUCAAAGAAUGCCCUGAAUAUAUGUUUUGUCAUAAAUUGGGAAGUUUGCAUGGCACUAUCUUUAGCUGGAAUCUGAAAACUCCAUUUGAAGGAAUUUUAACAUUGUUUUGCAGAAAUCGAACUAUCUUGUUGCAGUGCCUUCAUAGCCUCACUGGAGUUCUCCCACCAACCUGCAAAAUAAAACUCCUAAGGUUAGAAAGCAAGGACAUCCUUAUUGACCAGUUUGCAGUAGCUCUGGAAAAGGAAAUGGUCAGCUUUAGGAGUUGUUUCUCCUCUACAGUAAGUGAACUUGAAAACAACUUAACACAGAGCUAUGAGGCUGGCGAGAAAAGGAGCGGGGUUACAGUGUCAUCUUUGUCUGGCAAAAAAGAAGCAGUGCAGCAAUUGAGAGAGAAGUUUCAAAAUGAACAGAAGCAAAGUGCAUUGAAUAUGAACCGAACAGUGAGCGGUGCCCUUUAUAGACAAAUUACUUUGAAAAUUGCUGAGGCUCAGCUGUGUUCUGAUACGAUUGCAUGGAGACUGAAUGUUUCAUAAUGACUCCUCUCUGAAUUUAUUUUGAAUACAGUUUUAUUUAAAUGAAAUGAAGCACUAUUUAUAUUUUGUUUUUACUUUCUAUAUGUAACUCCUUUUUAGAAGAUGGAGAAUAAAACUUUUCUACCAGUGUUGUCAUUA